UUCUAUGUAGAUGAGGCAGCGCAGAGGCUGCUGCUUGGCCACUUGCUGCUUCGCCACGAAGGAGUUCCCGUGCGGUGGGAGCGGAUUCAGGACCGCUGAUCGGAAGAAUCUGCAGGAGUCUGAAGAGGAGGAAGCCCCCCAGGAGUCCUGGGAUGAAGGUGAUUGGACUCUCUCAAUUCCUCCUGACAUGUCUGCCUCAUACCAGUCUGACAGGAGCACCUUUCACUCAGUAGAGGAACAGCAAGUCGGCUUGGCUCUUGACAUAGGCAGACAUUGGUGUGAUCAAGUGAAAAAGGAGGACCAAGAGGCCACAAGUCCCAGGCUCAGCAGGGAGCUGCUGGAUGAGAAAGAGCCUGAAGUCUUGCAGGACUCACUGGAUAGAUUUUAUUCAACUCCCUGUGGGUAUCUGGAAGUGCCUGACUUAUGCCAGCCCUACAGAAGUGACUUUUACUCAUUGCAGGAACAACACCUUGGCUUGGCUCUUGACGUGGACAGAAUUAAAAAGGACCAAGAAGAGGAAGAAGACCAAGGCCCACCAUGCCCCAGGCUCAGCAGAGAGCUGCCGGAGGUAGUAGAGCCUGAGGACUUGCAGGACUCACUGGAUAGAUGUUAUUCGACUCCUUUCAGUUAUCUAGAACUGCCUGAUUCAUGCCAGCCCUACGGAAGUUGCUUUUACUCAUUGGAGGAAGAACACGUUGGCUUUUCUCUUGAUGUGGAUGAAAUUGAAAAGUACCAAGAAGGGGAAGAAGACCAAAACCCACCAUGCCCCAGGCUCAGCAGAGAGCUGCCGGAGGUAGUAGAGCCUGAGGACUUGCAGGACUCACUGGAUAGAUGUUAUUCGACUCCUUUCAGUUAUCUAGAACUGCCCGAUUCAUGCCAGCCCUACGGAAGUUGCUUUUACUCAUUGGAGGAAGAACACGUUGGCUUUUCUCUUGAUGUGGAUGAAAUUGAAAAGUACCAAGAAGGGGAAGAAGACCAAAACCCACCAUGCCCCAGGCUCAGCAGAGAGCUGCCGGAGGUAGUAGAGCCUGAGGACUUGCAGGACUCACUGGAUAGAUGUUAUUCGACUCCUUUCAGUUAUCUAGAACUGCCUGAUUCAUGCCAGCCCUACGGAAGUUGCUUUUACUCAUUGGAGGAAGAACACGUUGGCUUUUCUCUUGAUGUGGAUGAAAUUGAAAAGUACCAAGAAGGGGAAGAAGACCAAAACCCACCAUGCCCCAGGCUCAGCAGAGAGCUGCCGGAGGUAGUAGAGCCUGAGGACUUGCAGGACUCACUGGAUAGAUGUUAUUCGACUCCUUUCAGUUAUCUAGAACUGCCCGAUUCAUGCCAGCCCUACGGAAGUUGCUUUUACUCAUUGGAGGAAGAACACGUUGGCUUUUCUCUUGAUGUGGAUGAAAUUGAAAAGUACCAAGAAGGGGAAGAAGACCAAAACCCACCAUGCCCCAGGCUCAACGAGGUGCUGAUGGAAGCAGAAGAGCCUGAAGUCUUGCAGGACUCACUGGAUAGAUGUUAUUCGACUACUUCAACUUACUUUCAACUACGUGCCUCAUUCCAGCAGUACAGAAGUGCCUUUUACUCAUUUGAGGAACAGGACGUCAGCUUGGCCCUUGACGUGGACAAUUGGUUUUUUACUUUGACAGUGAUAAGGCACCACCUGGCCUUCCAGAUGGGAGUCAUAUUCCCACACUAAGCAGCCCUUACCAAGCUGAGAGAUGUCAUUGCUGCAGGCAGGACCUAUAGGCACAUGUAGGUUUGAAUGAAACUGUAGUUCCCUUUGGAAGCCCAGUCAUAGGAUGGGAAAGUGGGCAUGGCUCUAUUCCUAUUCUCAGACCAUGCCAGUGGCCACCUGUGCUCAGUCUGAAGACAUUGGACCCAAGUUAGGUGUGACGCGUUCACACGACUAUGUAGCACAUGCCGGGAGUGAUCUGCCAGACAUUCUAAUUUGAACCAGAUAUCUCUGGGUGGCUACAAAGUUCCUCAGGGGUUUCAUUUUGCAGGCAUGUCUCUGAGCUUCUAUACCUGCUCAAGGUCAGUGUCAUCUUUGUGUUUAGCUCAUCCAAAGGUGUUACCCUGGUUUCAUUGAACCUAACCCCAUUCUUUGUACCUUCAGUGUUGGUUUGUUUUAGCUGAUCCAUCUGUAACACAGGAGGGAUCCUUGGCUGAGGAUUGUAUUUCAGAACCACUGACUGCUCUUGACAGUUGUUAACCCACUAGGCUCCUUUGAGUAGAGAAGCCAUAGUCCUUCAGCCUCCAAUUGAUAUCAAUACUUAGGAAGACCACAGCUAGAUGGACAAACAGCAUUGAGAGGCCUUAGCCCUGCUCCUCUCAAUUCCAUCCUGUAAAGAACAGGAGUCAGGAGCCGCUGGCAAGAGACAGCAUGUCACCCGGGACUCUGCCGGUGCAGAAUAUGAAUAAUGCCAUGUUCUUGCAGAAAACGCUUAGCCUGAGUUUCAUAGGAGGUAAUCACCAGACAACUGCAGAAUGUAGAACACUGAGCAGGACAACUGACCUGUCUCCUUCACACAGUCCACGUCACCACGAAUCACACAACAAAAAGGAGGAGAGAUAUUUUGGGUUCAGAAGAAGUAAAUGAUAAUGUAGCUACAUUUCUUUAGUUAUUUUGAACCCCAAAUAUUUCCUCAUCUUUUUGUUGUUGUCAUUGAUUGUGGUGACAUGGACUGGAAGUCAAGGCUGCAGUGAGCUGUGAUUGUGCCACUGCACUCCAGGCUGGGCAACGCAGUGAAACCGUGUCUAAAAUAUCAAAGGAUUUGGACUUUUUUCAAGGCAAGCAAUGAAGGAGCCAUUGAAAAAUUUUUAAACAAGAAAGAUCAGAUUCACACUUUUCCAUACAGAGAAUGGUUAGGUGGGGCAGACGUAAAGCAAGACAGGAAACAACUCUACGAGUUAGAGAACCAAAUGGAAAAGAGAAGACAGAUACAAGAUGAUAACCUAGAAUCAAAAGGACCUUGCGACCAAUUAGACAUGAGCUAUUAAGGGGAAAAGCAGUGUCAAGGGUAACUCCCAGGUUUCUGAGCAAAUGAGUGGAUGGUGGUGCUGGUUAUUUUGGGAAGAGAAAAGGUAAGAAAUUGAAUUUUAAGCAUGUCAAGUUCAAGGGGCCUAUGGAACCUCAAGAGGAGUGAGCUAUUGCAUUUAUCAAUGUCCGAAGGUCAGAGGCAGUGUCUGGGUAAGAGACAAGGAUUUUGGAUUCAUUCACCAUAUUUAGUUGUAGACAUGUAUGGCGGAUGUGACCACAGGGAAAGUGAGGCAAAAAAAAAAGUUGGCAAUCAAGGGAAUUAUGAGGUUUAAAGAAGCUCAUAGGCUGGGCGCGGUGGCUCACGCCUAUAAUGCCAGCACUUUGGGAGGCCAAGGCGGGCGGAUCAUCUGAGGUCAGGAGUUCGAGACCAGCCUGGCCAACGUGGUGAAACCCUGUCUCUACUAAAAAUACAAAAAUUAGCUGGGUGUGGUGGCGCAUGCCAGUAAUCCCAGCUACUGAGGAAGCUGAGGCAGGAGAAUCACUUGAACCCAGGAGGUGGAGGCUGCAAUGAGCCGAGACUGUGCCAUUGCACUCCAGCCUGGGCAAAAAGAGGAAAACUCCAUCUAAAAAAAAAAAAGCUCAUAGGGAAACUGAGAAGGAGAAACUAGAGAAGUAGAAGGGAAAGCAGUGAACAUGGCUGUUACAGAAAGAGAGCCAAGAAAGUUUCAAGCAGGGCAAGAGUGUGUUUCUGGUGGGUUAAUACCUCAGGGAAGUCCCAUAAGGUAAAGACGAAAAUGUAGCUGUCUGGCUCAAUGGUCUACAUUCUGAAGUUGUCUGAAAAUGUCUUCAUGAUUAAAUUCAACCUAAACCUUUCGUCAAGAACACUACAGAGUCAAUACUGUGAGUUUCCAACCUCAGCCCAUCUGUGGGCAGAGAAGGUCUAGUUUGUCCAUCAGCAUUAUCAUGAUAUCAGGACUGGUUACUUGGUUAAGGAGGGGUCUAGGAGAUCUGUCCCUUUUAGAGACACCUUACUUAUAAUGAAGUAUUUGGGAGAGUGGUUUUUAAAAGUAGAAAUGUCCUGUAUUCCAGUGAUCGUCCUCUAAACCUUUUAUCAUUUAUUAAUCAUCCCUGCCUGUGUCUAUUAUUAUAUUCAUAUCUCUACACUGGAAAUUUUCUGCCUGAAUGUUUCCUGUGCCUUUGUUUUUGCUAGUGUGUGAUGUUGAAAAAAAAACAUUCUCUGCCUGAGUUUUAAUUUUUGUCCAAAGAUAUUUUAAUCUAUACAAUUAAAAACUUUUGCCUCUC